UACAGUUUGGCAGGGCCAUACAGACAUUGUAGAAGUGUUAUUGAAAAACAAGGCAAAUAUGGACAAGAAACGUCUUAAUGGCAGCAAACCUCUACAUGAUGCAACCUGGCAGGGACACACAGAGGUUGUAGAAGUGUUAUUGAAGAACAAGGCAAAUGUGGAUGAAAAACGUCAUGAUGGCGACACACCUCUACAUAGAGUAUCCUGGAAGGGACAUACAGAUGUUGUAGAAAUGUUAUUGAAGAACAAGGCAAUUGUGGAUGAGAAACGUUCUGAUGGCCUCACACCUCUACAUGAUGCAGCUUGGCAGGGACAUACAGAGGUUGUAGAAGUGUUAUUGAAAAACAAGGCAAAUGUGGAUGAGAAACGCGAUGAUGGUCGCACACCUCUACAUAGAGCAGCCUAUCAGGGACACACAAAGGUUGUAGAAGUGUUAUUGAAGAACAAGGCAAAUGUGGAUGAGAAAAGUGAUGAUUGCGAAACACCUCUACAUGAUGCAGUCUGGCAGGGACACACAGAGGUUGUAGAGGUGUUAUUGAAGAACAAGGCAAAUGUGGACGAGAAACGAGAUAAUGGGUGCACACCUCUGCAUGUUGCAGCUUUGCAGGGACACCGGGCUGUUGCUAAUGUGCUGUUGAAGAACGGGGCUAAUGUUCAUGAGAAGGAUAUUAAAGAAGAAACUGCUUUACAGAAAGCAAAGGCCCAUCAUUGGACUUUAACCGAGGCAGCAAAUAACAUGACCUAACACCGAACCUUGGUUCAGUUCCACACGGAAGCUAUACUUCCAGUGGUCUUCUUAUACCGGCACAACCAUCACCACACUGUCCUGUAAAUCGCACACAAGUUGAGCUGCGGGGGUCUUAAGAUCCGAGUCAAGACGGAAAAAUAUUUACCAAAGAUUUGCAAAGUGGUUCGUACAAGAGAGGCAUUACCCUGUAGUCAAGGCAACUCCAUCCUGAAAACGCGAAUCCUAACAGCCCACAUCCAGAGGCUGCACAGCUAGACAUAUGUUCCUUCAGUCAAACACCAGGAACCAUACAAGGAAACCCCAAUCAUGAUCCGACCAGGAGUCAUGUAUUGAUCCACUGUCGGGUUCAAAUACCACCAGUGUUUCUGAUUGUACCAUCACUUACUACACAGAGAGUGGGGAGGACAUACUGCUGCAACCGCUCUUAAGUAGGGACACAAACAGCUUUUAUAGUAGCCAGCUUUACAUGGCUAUCCAACCUCACUCUUUCGAAGUAGACAUGCAGAAAGCAGGGAGAUUAUGUGUGAUAUGUGUAGAUUUAGCUUCAGUGUUUUGAUAAGUAUAUCAGUUUCAGAAACAAACCUUGCACUAUACGAAUGCUGUUGCAAUAGUAUAUUUGAUGCUAUUUAUAGUUCAUGGCACGCGGCAUCUGGUCAUCCACCGGAUGGGUUGGUUCCUUUGAGUGCACUGUGAAUGUACUGUAUACUAGAGGUUGUUACAACACUGGUAACACUGAAAUCACAUUUAAACAUUGUUGGUCUAUAGGCUGAUGAACAAUCCGGUUUCUAGCGGGAUACGAUCUCAGCAUAUGUUAGCCUGGUUACUAUAGAAAAAUGAUCAUUUCAUACGCUAGUGUUAAUUGGUCCGUGACUUUAUAUCUUGUUAUUACUUACAUAACAAACUCUGCAAUUGGAAACAAUAUUGCUCUCCUAUCUUGUACAUAGCUUUGAAAUGUGUAUGAAACUUUAUUUAAGCAAGUACCUUUACUUUAUCUGAUCGUUAACAAGUGUAAAUAGAAACCUUCACAUUUGAAUACUAAAUAGCAUGUUAAUUACAUGAUGUCGUAAAUUACGGUAAAGGGUUGUUUUGCUUAACAAUGAAGUUGGACAUAUGUUUAUUUUAUACUUUAGAUGGUCUUCUAGACUGUGUUGAAGGAAUUGGAAGAUGAAUUUUGUAGUGUUUUGUAAAAGUAGAGCAAAACAUGUCCAAACAUUUUGUAUUGAGUUGAAUGACCACAACAGCAACACCACAGAAAAAAGUAAUGCUUUUGCUGCUGGGAAAAUGACUUUGUGUCAAUGUAUCAUGUUAUUACUUACAUUGGAUAUCGUGUAUAUUCGUUUAUACGUUCAGAAAACGUGUUUCGUGUUUUCUCAGGUGUUAGCUUUACACCAAACGGAAAUUGUUUCUGCAGGUAUUCAAGACUGGGCACUGACGUUCUAUAUUCUGAAAAUUAAUCAGUUUACCAAAGUGUUGAUUUCAAAGAAUUCGAAAAGACGUUCAAGAUUUUACAAGAAUUUAAGAAUGGAUCACGUUCCUCGUCCAGGACAUUCAAGUGUGACAAAUUUACACAUUAAUUUUAUAGGGACUGUGAAUGUAACCUCUGGGUUUCAAUAAAAUGCGUAAAAAAUU